UCGUGGAGUCAAGUAAUUGCAGAGGUGAACAUGGCUGAUGUCUCGGAAAGGACAUUACAAGUUGCAAUACUGAUUUCCUUUGCAUCGGGGUUUCUAGCAGGUUGGCAGGCCAACAGAAUGAGAAGGAGAUUCCUCGACUGGAGGAAGAAACGUCUACAAGACAAACUGUCAGAAACACAGAAGAAACUGGAUUUGGCAUAAGACAGAAAUUCGUAUUUUGUGGAUUUUAGGACUACUUGAGG